AAGAACAGGCUUAAAUUUUUUUCUGGUAUAGACUGCGUUCCGAUAUUCACUGCCAGUACUGAAAAUACAUGGUUUGUGUCAUGAAUAUUAUAGAUUUUCAGUGCUGGCAGUGAAUAUCGAAAACGCAGCCAUAGUUAUCAACCUAAAUCAUCGUGCCUUCAGUUCACCUUCACAGGUUAGCUCUACUCUUAAAAGAUGUUAGUGAGGCGAAUCUCCGUGUUAGCACAAAAACUAAACAAGUUUAUGUGCAUUCAAGAUAAAUCAUUUUCAUUUGUGCAAGCUCGCAUGUACGGCGUGGAUCACGAAAUAAAACAGUAUUUACAGCGAGAAAAAGAGGCAGAUGUGAAUCGAAGUACACUCGGUGACGACCCUAAAAAGCCUAAAACAUUUAUAUGGUUUCCAACUGAGGCACCGACGGGAGAGGAAUUCUUUCUCGGCAAUCUCAGAAAUUGGUUCAAUUACAAGAAACGUAAGAUCGACAAAGAAAGUCAGAAAUUUAUACCGGAAAGACACGAAGUACUAGGUGCUAAUUUGGCCACCGCUCACUUCAUUGCACAUCGCGGAGGCAAAAUAAGAUUCAAAAAUUCUGAUUUUUGGGUAGAAUUAAAUAAGGACGGUACCUUAAAUUUACCCAAUGUAUAUGACCCACACUACAUUGUUGAAGCAGUAGAUGUCAAUGGGUUUGAUCUGCAUUAUGAAGGCUUAAGUAACUUAUGUGAUCUUACAAAGCUCAAGUGGCUCAGUCUUAAGAAUUGCAAGAACAUUGAUGAUUGGGGCUUAGAUAAAAUAUCAGCAGAGUUUCCAGAAUUGGAAUAUUUGGACAUCUCAGGCUGUGAAAAAAUCACUGAAAGAGGACUGGAGUCAUUAUAUAGGAUGUUCAAUUUAAACAAAUUAAUUGUCACAAAUCACAAUAAAUCUGCCACAUUUGAACUGACUUGUAUGAUGUUAGAAGAUUGUAUGCCUGGCUUGACUUGUGAAAUUUAUGAAUCUUUGAAAUUACCCAAAGAAUAAUGUCAAUAAAGAGUUACCUCUAGUGAAAUAUAAGACUAUAUAAUUCGUAUCUAACAUUUUAAGACCUCAAAAUAUUU